CAACGGGAAGCCACAGAAGGCCGCUUCCUUUCUCGCUUCCCCUACCUGAGAGGCUGCGCUUCCCCACGGCGCGGCCUCUCGCUCUCUCUCUCCCUCCCUCUUUGCGCCUUCCUCCUCUCCUUCCGUCUGCUUUUCCUUUCUGUCCCACGUUGUGUUGUUCGUCAGUUGAGCUUCGGGCACGAGGUGUUCCGUCUUGCUUCCAAUGGAUCGGAAGGAGAGGGUGGCUUUCCUCGCGCUCGGGCUCUUUUUGUUAUUUUAUCCGUUCGUCAUGCGGAUGGGAGUGGAGUCAUCCGAGUUAGGAGCAAAUUCGCCGGUCUCCGAAGCGGGAUUCACCGGCUGAGGGCGCACGACGGCCGGCGGCACGGCAGGAUGCUCAGCGCCGUCGAUCUGCCGUUGGGAGGCAGUAGCAGUGCCACGGUCGCUGGAUUGUACUAUACUGAACUCUGGAUCGGGAGCCCACCCAAGCAUUAUUUUGUGCAAGUUGAUACCGGGAGCGAUCAGCUUUGGGUGAAUUGUAUUCAAUGUCGGGAUUGUCCGAAGACGAGCGAUCUUGGGCUAGAGUUGACUCUUUAUGAUCCAAGCGGUUCCAGCAGUGGGUCUUUGGUUGCGUGUAAGGAUGAUUUUUGUUCAAUGCUUUAUAGGGGCCGAGUUUCGGGCUGCACUCCUAGUGCCCUCUGCCAAUUUUAUUUGCAAUAUGGGGAUGGCAGUACGAGUAGGGGCUACUUUGUAAGAGAUAUCAUGCAGUAUAACCAAUUGACCGGCAAUUUUAAAACCAGCCCUGCCAAUGCGAGUGUUGUGUUUGGGUGUUCUGUUCAUGAAACUGGGCAACUUGAUGCUAGUAGCCAGGCAGUGGAUGGAAUCAUGGGCUUCGGACAAUCAAAUACUUCUGUGGUUUCUCAAUUAGCUUCUGAAGGAAAAGUCAAAAAGAUGUUUGCCCAUUGUUUAGAUGGGGUAAAUGGUGGUGGAAUAUUUACUAUUGGACAAGUGGUAGAACCACAUGUAAAGAUGACUCCUUUGGUAGCUAACCAGUCUCAUUACAAUGUGUAUAUGAAGGCAAUUGAUGUUGGUGGUGUGAUGCUGCGACUUCCUUCAGAUGUGUUUGAUACUGGACGUGGGGUUGAAGACAGAUUGGGGACAAUAAUUGACAGUGGAACAACAUUGACUUACAUUGCAGAAGAAGCUUUUAAUCCUCUAAUGAAAGCAAUUCUGUCUUAUGGGCCACAUGUACAUUAUUAUGCGCUUGAAGGUUCAAGUUGCUUUCGGUACACUGGAAGUGUGGAUGAUGCCUUCCCAUAUGUCACCUUUUAUUUUGAAAAUUCGGUUACUUUGAAGGUUCUACCACAUGAAUACCUUUAUCAGAUAGGCGAUUUUGAUUGGUGCAUUGGAUUUCAAAAUAGUGGGAGCCAAAAUAGGGACUCAAGAGGUUGGACUGUAUUGGGGGAUUUGGUUUUGGCCAAUAGGUUGGUGGUUUAUGAUCUUGAGAACCAAGCAAUAGGAUGGACUAAUUAUGAUUGCUCCUCAAGCAUCAAAAUCAAAGACUCCAGGACUGGAGCCAUGUAUUCCGUUGGGGCCCAUAACAUUUCCUUGGCCUGUAAACUAGAUUUGCCGCGGUUCUCUUUAAUUAUAUAUCUGAUCAUCCUUCUUCAUUGGAUUUGUUGAGUUAGCUGGUUAAUGCAGCUUGAUUCAUUUUGUUAAUUUAUCUCAUUGAAUGAAAAAAGCUGUUGUAUUUGUCCAAUC